UUUUAUACCAAAGAUUUCAAAGUAAUAUGUAUCAUGGAUUUUAUUCUACAAGAUAUUUGCUCUAUUUAUACCAAACCAGUUUUUUUGUUAAUCGAGUUUUGUAGUCGAGUUCAAACUACAAAACAAACUGUACAGAUAGAUACGUCUAGAGUUCUUUAAAAAACAUUGUUCUUUUUUUAAAAUUUUAUUUUAAAGAAACAAGUUGGCUCUUCAAAAGCCUGAGAAAAGAAGUGGCAAUUUGAAGUCAGGUUAAAUUACAGAGACAUUAAAAAAAGCUGCACUGGAAACAUUACUGUAUCUUAAAACAUUUCACUCUGAGAAGUUUUUAAGGAGAGUUAAAAAAACUAAAUCUUUAUCAUAAACUCAUACAGAAUUAAAAUCCCACCACCUACGUUUUAAAAUUAACUAUCACGCUUUGACAGACGAGGAAGACUCUGGAAAGGGCGAGCUUUUACUGACUAGUAUCCUAAAUAUAAAGGACUUAAAUAUACCUUGAAUUCUCACUCCUUCCCCAAGAAAAAUCCCCGGAGCAAAACAUAAAAACAUACAUAAAAUUAAUUAAUAAGCAAGCUUGGUGCCAUGCCCAGUGCAGAGUAGGCUCUACUAAAUGCAGGAAUGUUUAAAUGAGAAAACACGGGCCUGGUGGCUGUGAAUUCUCCACACUCCUCAAAAUGUUCUGAGUUUUAACAUUAAGUGAUACGCGAGAGGGAUCGGAAUUUAAGGUUUCUUGAAAGAUUUUGAUAUUCUGACUUGGUGAUCAUCUUGGUUUUAAGCCAGGAGCAUCAGCAUUUCCAGAUUCUAAUGAGGAAAGCUGGAGACUCGGGCUGGGCUGGGCUAGGCUGUGGGAGGCAGGGUGACUGACCCGGUUCCACACCCGGGGCUGGCACUUGCAAACCAGACGGCGGCGCUUUCCACUCUGGGUAUUUUGCAACCUUGUAAGGAAGUGGGCGAGGGUUGCGCGGAGUCGGCGCCUUCUGAUUGGUCGGAUGCCUCAGUGAUUGACAGGUCUCCGAACUCCACCCCCACCGCUUUAUUGACACUAAUGAGCAAGUUCUUCCCACCGCUCUCCUGCCUGUAAGUGCUGACAGAUCAAGGCAACAAAUUUCAAUUACAAUCCCUAAUUUGUGUCCGCAGAGUGUUUUUUUUACCCAUGUUAGUCCUUUCUGGCGCAUCAGUCGAGGCCGAACUUGGAGCAGCAGGAGGCGGCGGAGGGGGUGGGAGCGAAGGAGCGCGUCUGUGAGAGGGCGCGCGAGAGAGACUCAGGGAAGGAAACUUGGCGGGCGCGUCGCUGGUUCCUCGGAUCCAAAUACGAGCGAGGAGGAAAAGCCCGAUCUGUGCUUGCCCUCGGCGGGGAAGGGGGCCUAUCUCGGCCUGGGAGAGGCCGCGAGGCUCGUUCGCACUCUGGUGGCAGAGGAGCGGGGAGCGCGUGUGCCGGCGCGGCGGUGUGUGCGCGAGGGGCGGGCGGCGCCGGGCGGCGGGGAUGGCCGAGAAGCGGAGGAGCUCGCCGUGCAGCAUGCUGAGCCUGAAGGCGCACGCCUUCUCGGUGGAGGCUCUGAUUGGCGCCGAGAAGCAGCAACAGCUUCAGAAGAAGCGGCGAAAGCUGGGCGCGGAGGUGGCGGCCGGGGCAGUGGAUGACGGAGGCUGCGGCUGUGGCAGUGGCGCGGGCGCGGACGAACAGGGCUCCGCGGACGGAGACGAAGGCGCCACGCUCCCGCCAUCGACUGGGGCGGCACCCGGGCCCGCCCGGGGCUGCGCGGAACUGGAGCGGAGCUGCGGCGCCCGCGGGACAGCGGGCGGCUGUGAGGACGGCUUUCUGCAGGGCGCUUCCCCGCUGGCGUCCCCAGGAGCCUCCCCGAAAGGGUCGCCGGCGCCCGCCCUGGUCCGGCCGGGGACCCCGCUGCCUUCGCCGCAGGCCCCUAGGGUGGAUCUGCAGGGAGCCGAGCUCUGGAAGCGCUUUCACGAGAUCGGCACGGAGAUGAUCAUCACCAAGGCGGGCAGGCGCAUGUUUCCAGCGAUGAGAGUGAAGAUCUCAGGACUAGAUCCUCACCAGCAAUAUUACAUUGCCAUGGACAUUGUGCCAGUGGACAAUAAAAGAUACAGGUAUGUUUACCACAGCUCUAAAUGGAUGGUGGCAGGUAACGCCGACUCCCCUGUGCCACCCCGUGUAUACAUUCAUCCGGACUCGCCUGCCUCAGGGGAGACUUGGAUGAGACAAGUGAUCAGCUUUGACAAGCUGAAGCUCACCAACAAUGAACUGGAUGACCAAGGCCACAUUAUUCUUCAUUCUAUUCACAAAUAUCAACUGCGGGUCCAUGUCGUCCGUAAAGAUUGUGGAGAUGAUCUCUCUCCCGUCAAGCCUGUUCCAUCUGGGGAAGGAGUGAAAGCAUUCUCCUUUCCGGAAACUGUCUUCACAACUGUUGCUGCCUAUCAGAAUCAGCAGGUAUUGUUCUCAGAAUUGGCAUCUUCCUGGACUUUUCAUUUCUGGUGUAUAUAGAA